AGAUUUUUGUGACACUUGACUUUAUUCAGUGAUUAUUCGCUUUGCACUUUACUACCUGUGAUGUUAAUAGUGUUCUUGUUAACGUUUUUAUUGCAAUAUGCGAGUUGUGCAAACAUUCUGUACGUUGCACCGAUUGCGUCCCCCAGCCUUCAAAGAUGGAAUAGAGCGUUAGCGAUGGGCUUACGGAAUAGAGGUCAUAAUGUUACUAUGCUAAGUCACGAUGCCGAAAAAGGUCCUCCCAUUCAGAAUUUUACGUUAAUUCUACUGGAAGGCAUUUACGAUAUCCUGGAUUCAAAAUUUGUAUCAAAUGAGAUCAAAGAAGAUACUGCUAUUAAAACAAUGAAAGCGCUAUUUAAACACGUUGAGUUCUGUUGUGAAUAUGAUUUCAAUACGACCGGUUUUAAAACACUUCAAGAAUAUCCAAAAAAGUUUAAGUUUGAUUUAAUUAUUUUUGACUCGAGCUAUGGCCGUUGCUUCUACCCUCUUGUUACCAGAUUUAAUAAUCCACCCGCUGUUGCCGUCACCCCGUAUCGUUUACCGCCAAUCUUAUCGAACGCUUUCGGAAAUCAUCUACACACAUCCUACACUCCAUAUUACAACACAGAAUUUUCCACCAAGAUGACCUUCCUCGAACGUCUUUUGAACUUCUUUUACACCUUCGUGGAAGUCAUGUACAGGAAAAAUUCUUUCUCCCCCAAGGAGAAUAAACUAGUUAAAGACUAUUUUGGCGAAGAAACUCCAGCCUUGCGCGAUUACGAGAGGAACAUGAGCUUAUUGUUGGCCAACGUAGAUUUUAUAUUUGAUUUUCCAAUGGCUCUGCCGCCCAAUAUCAUCCCUGUCGGUGGUCUUCAUCUGACACCAAGCAAGCCAUUGCCCAAGGAUUUGCAAAAGAUCAUGGACGAUUCAAAGAAUGGAGUAAUCUAUUUUUCGCUCGGUUCGUUUUUACGAUCAGAUAAGCUGAGCGCAACCCAAAAGACAAAUCUUUUAGAAGCCUUCAAACAGUUACCUCAAACCGUUCUUUGGAAAUACGAAGGGGGUAGCAUUGAAGGCCUACCAAAAAAUGUUAUAUUGAGGAAAACUCUACCUCAAAACGAUAUUUUAGGACACAAAAACACAAAGCUAUUCAUAACCCAUGGAGGAAUACUAAGCACACAAGAAGCAAUGUACCACGCUGCACCAGUCGUUGGAAUACCUUUCAGAUCCGACCAACGUGCCAACAUACGCAGAAUGGAGCGGCGAAAAACGGCCAGGUUAAUAAAUUACAACAACCUCACCGUGACGCAUAUCCUCGAAAAUGUCAAAGAAGUUCUCAACAAUCCAAUUUACAAGACCAACAUGAAGUUGGUAGCAAAGCGUUACCGCGAUCAGCCAAUGACCGCACUUCAAAAAGGGGUAUACUGGAUCGAAUACGUUUUGAGACAUAAAAACGUUGACCAUUUGGUGCUGCCAGCAAGAGACAUGGAUGGUUACCAAACGGCCAAUCUGGACAUUUUGGCCUGCCUGUUAUUGCUAUGUCUUUCGAUUUACAUUGCGUACCUAUUCCUACCAACGGCGAUCAAUGUCACCUACGAAACGUUACGUAACCAUAUACAAGCCAAAUGAAUGUGUUCAAAAUGUUUACUAUUGUGGGAGGUCGCGUGCCAAUAGAUUGGGACCAAAAUGAGCUAUCACAAGAAAAAAACCUCGUGGCGAAGACCGUUUUUGACUUUUACGCUAGUUGAAAGUACUUUUAUGUCACGUACAACUUUAAAUCAAAGAAUUAUAAAAAACUAUACUAUGGA